CAGCCGGUGAAUUCGGAGAAGCCAACAGGAAAAGACUAGCGGAAGACGGCCGCCUUCUACAACGGAAAAGAUGCGAAAUUCCCAGCAGGGAAGCCGAGCCGGCUGCUUAUGCAGCUUGCUCCCUGUAACAGACUCAUAUCUCGGCUGUCAAGCACUUCGUUGACACGCAAACAGUGGUCAGUUAAUAAUUAGGCUCGUACGUGUGAUGUAUUGUGUAAGACUUUAAAAAAAUUGCGACAGAAAAGCGAUAUGUCAACGGUGGUCGUGUUAGCUGUAAAAAUGGGGGUCAUCGAAAGCGAUGCCAGUGAAACAAGUGAUCCGUCUGCUUCAAGAUUGGCCGAUACAGACUCAGAGUCGGAAUCUGACUAUGUUACAAAGCAUUGUCCCAUUACGUAUGUAUCAAUGCUACUACCAAUGAUUUCCAUAAUAACUCACAUUGCAGACGUUGCACUGGAUGCUAAUCUGGCAUAUUCUUAUUACGUUAGCGCCGAGUAUGUUCACUUCAGGUUAACACUUCUGUUUAUAUUGUUUCCAGCAUUCGUCAACACCGUGAUUAGCGCAAGAAUGUAUGUUGCGGAUGAAUAUAAUAUGACACUUUCUAAGAUAGCGACAAAGAGAUGGCUACUCAGAAUUUUUAUACUGUUUUUCCAGAUGGCACCAAUUUUAAGACAUUGUGAAGUUCUGGUAUAUGCUUGGAAAUCAUGGAAAGCAGCGAAAGAGAAAGACUUCGCAAACCAGCGUCAAUAUUAUGAGCUGAUGGUGAAAGAGGGUGCUGAUGCAGCACUUCUGCGUCUCUUUGAAUGUUUCCUGGAAGCAGCACCUCAACAGGUUUUACAGGGAACCAUUAUUUUAACAAGAACAAAAGAGGUUUCAACUUUUACAUAUGACAGUCAGAUGGCAUCUUUCGGAAGCUCCAUGUUAAAUAUUGGCUGGUCUGUGACCUCCUAUCAAAGAGUAAUACGGUUAGCACAACAAGACAAAGAAAACAUCACAUGGAAAGGAACAAUUAUACAGUUCCUCUGGCAUUUCAUGGUUACUGUUUCGAGAAUUCUGUCAAUUUCUGUGGCUUCGGUGACAUUUCCUACAGAGACUGCUGUGGUGUGUGGUGUGCACUGGUUAAUCGUGACAGUCUGGCUGUCACUGUGGGAACGCACAAACUUCUGCUUCUCACAGAAAGUAUCUGCAACGAAACAGCGAGCUGCAGAGAUACUCUUCUGCUCCGUCCUCGGCCUCGUCUACAUUUUUACGUACAUCGCACCAAAGGAUGGGCAGAACAGGAUUCGGUACUCCAUCUACUACACGAUCUGCUUUGCAGAGAACGUCAUGGCGGCAGUGACAGUGUGGGCCACAGCAGACACGGCAAUGCGAAACGAGUGGUACUUCUAUCCACUUUUGUUAGGGUGUAUUGUACCUUUUGUGACAGGUAUAGGUUUUAUGCUUCUCUAUUACUCGUGUUUUCACCCAGUACUGCAAAGGGUGAAGUGUUGUGAUAAAUCCAACAACAGGAACCAAACAGGAGACAGGGGGCUGCGCUCUACUAGGUCUGGCAGUUUGGGAAGGAACUUACUGACACAGGAACCUAGCAAUGAGUCUGUCAAUGAAGCUGGUGACACUUAGUGAAAUGGCAGCUAGUGGUUGUGCCGAAGUGCUAAGAAUUGAGGCAAAAUCUCAUGAGGAGUCACAGCAGGAUAAUGGUGAAGAAAAUGUGCAAAGCAGUAGACAUGAUGUACCUCUUCUACCCAAUAUUGAAGUACACCACUGUAACAAUGAGCCACAAAGUACUGUUGUUAGUCAGUGUAAGGUUUUUUACUGAAGCAUUCUUUCUUUAUUCAUAUAGCAGGUGAAAUACAUAUACUCAUUAUUUAUUUAUAAAAUUUGUUUUCCGUGCUGCUCAAAUGAUUCCCUGGGAUUUUUAAAAUUUUGUACUGUACAUGUUGAGCAGUAAGUGUCAAGCACUCACCUAUUUAUUGUCCAGCAAUUUUGAAAAUGUUACAUUUUUGUUUUAUAAAACACAAUAGAAAUGUU